CCCGGAGGGAACCCACGCAGUCACGGGGAGAACAGGCAAACUCCACACACAGAGAUUAUAUUUACCUUUGGAAUUUGUUUUUGCUGCCCUUAUAAUUCUCUAUGUCGCAUUUAUCUACUGUUGCACUUGUUGAAAAACUGAGGAAGUGGACUAAAAACGUGUAUUUUGAAUGUAAAAGAUUGUGAUUGCUGAAGUUCCCAGAUGACCCUGAAGGCAGCAUAGUUCCCCGUGGAGAAAAGUGAAAGCCAACGCCCUACUGACAGUUCUUCUGCCCUGCCUUCUUCCCGCUUCAAGUAGCGAGCACAGCUUCUGGAGACUGGCGCUACUGUGGUCGUGACUGACUUAUCCAAGCCUAGUUUGUGUGUUUUCUCUCUGUGUCUGUCUGUUUGUGUGAGUGUGUGUGGAGAGGACCUUGGUCUUCCUGCUAGCAAGACGAGCUAGUAGCUUUUGAGCGGCAGUAGUGUUGCACCGUGACGGUCAAACUUUUCCCUCCAGUCAACACAACAUUUGUCGGUGUGUCUCGGACUUGAACGGCGGUCCAAACCCCACAGAAGCAGAAUGGCGGAUACUUCUGCUUCCAAUUCUGGUGCCAGCUGCCUGGAUAAGCUGAAGAGUUACGUGAAGACCCAAAAAGGUUUUAUCCUCGCAGCAGAAAUACUCAUCAGCUUAAUCAUCAUCAUCUGCUAUGCCGCAUCCCACUAUGGAGGUUACUCGGCUGUCGCCAUCUGCGAGAUGGUCUUCGCCAUGGUCUUCUUUGGCAUCUUUAUGAUGGAGCUGGACAAGCAGAUUCAAGUAGUCAACUGGAUGUGGAGUGAUCUCUUCAGGGCCGGCAUUGGUGCAAUCCUUUACCUCAUCACUUCGCUCGUGUGUGUGAUUGGAGGAUCCGGGGACGGCGCUCGCAUUGCAGGCGGGGUAUUUGGUUUGAUCGCCGCUAUACUGUUUGCCUACGACACCUACACCAUCUUUUUACAAAUCAAGAGCACAAGGCAGCACACAGCAGCCGCCACUGAUGACAGAGUUUAAACGCUAAAAUGAGUGUCCCUCUGUUGAGUAUGCAGCGGAACAAGAGGACCUUUGUGCAGAAGAGGGGAGGGGACGAAGGACAGUAAAAAUAACAGGUCACAAUUCUUUAUGAGCCGCGCCUUAAGAGAAGGAUGACGGUAUGGGCACCACACAUCUGUGCUUGCAUGUCAGUCGGCUAUUUAAGGAAGGCUCCUCGCAAACCUCAUCGUGCCACUGAAACUCAAUGUGUUAACCUUUCUAAAAAGGGAAACCUGUAAGUGAUAGAGGCAAUGUAAAAGUUUGCUUGAUGUCGUCCAGCAGCUUGUCUCAUAUGAAUUUCCACUUAAAAUGGACUACUAUAGUUGGUAGUAACUGUAUCAUUUCAACAUGUGUAUUGACGCCUUAGGGGUUCUUUAACAUCAUACUUACGAACAAUAUGAAUGUGAUGUAUUUUCAUGAGGCUUCUCUUUUUUUAAUGCUUCUUUCAGCAGGUUUUAACCAAUUACCUUAUCUGUGGGCUCAAGUGUUUUUCUUAUUCUCGUCUAAUUUAACAUAUUUCAACAUAGUCAUUCUAAACUUCCAUCCAUCCAUUUUCUACCGCUUGUCCCUUUUGGGGUCGCGGGGGGUGCUGGAGCCUAUCUCAGCUUCAUUCACAAUCCUAAUUACUUGAAGUCAAGUACCUGCUUUCAUUUAGAAAUAUUAAACUGCCUCAGAUCAAACUGCUGGCGUCCACUCGCCAUUAACUAAUUCUCUAUUGAAUUUAAAUGUGUCAUAAUUUUACCGUGUGGUUCUCUAUGUCCACCUAAUUUUUUUGUUCUGUUGCCAGCACAGUCAUAUAGUGCAAAAAACAUUUCUGUUAAUUUACAUCGUCCAGCUGUACCCUCUAGUUCUUUCAGGUUUCUAUUCCCUUUCCCUGUGUCGUGACAGGACACAUGAAGAUAAUCAAAAAGUGCAAAUUGUAUCUCCUAAUAGAAUGAUUGGAUUUAAAUAAUGAGAUUUGGAAAUGUGUAACUGUUACCUCAACUUCCUGGUUGGUGUUUUGUUUCAGAAAAUAUCGCUGUUUGUGCUUUUUAACAUGCCUUACAAGAGUGUUCAAUCACAAUGUAAUAUCACAAGUCAAAGCAGUUGUUAUGGGAAAUAAAAGCCAUUGUUGCAACAAAGGAAAUAUAAUUUGUCAGUUGUUGUUUUUCACAGGGUGGUGAAAAUAAUGAUACAAAAAGAUAUGUUGUAUGUUGUGAUCACUAAUGUGAUUGUUUUGUGCUGUUCAUUCAUUAACAGUGUUACAAAAAAGAUCAGUUAGAAUAAUACAUAAUGUUGGAUAUAGAGAACAUUCAAACUCUAUUCAUUGAAUCAAAAAUACUGAAAUUCCAUGACAUAGUGAAUUUGCAAACAGCUAAAAUUAUACACAAAGCAAACUAAUCUGCUACCCAAGAAUACACAACAGUUCUUCUCAACGAAAGAGGAGAAAUAUAAUCUUAGAUAAAAAUGUAAUUUAAAACAUUUGUACGCACGUACAAUACUUAAGACCUUCAGUACGUAGGUGUUUGGAAUUAAAUUAUGGAAUGGAUUAAGCAAAGAAAUCAAACAAUGUACUAAUAUAAUCCACUUCAAGAAACUCUUCAAACUUAAAAGUGUUUGAAGUACAAAGAGGAACCAUGAUAAACAUCCUGAAUUUGUUUCAUCCAUCCAUUCAUUUUCAAGAUAAUCUUACUCAUCUCACCAUAUGAAAUAUAACUUACUUCACCUAUUAUUUAUUUUUACUGUUAUUACUUAUGGAGUAUAUUGUGAAUAAAUUGAGAACAGGAAGUGAACAAAAGUUUUAGCAACUGCUAUGUAAAGGAAAAGAGGUAGGAUUAAAUAAGAUGUGCUUCUUCCUACUCCUUUUUGAACAUGUUGAAUGGAGAAACUUGAAAUUGUGAUGUAUCAUGUUGUAU